GGAAAUAAAGAUGAAAUAGAACGGAAAUAAGUGGAAAUACAGUAGAAAAAUUUCAAUUAGCUACAAAAACGAUGAAUCAUACUGAACGAAAAAGUGUUAAGUUUACUUAAGGUACUUUCUAUCCCAAACUCUAAAAAUGACGAAUCAGGUAGAUAUCCUUCAACGAAAACAAUACGUUUUUGUAUUGGUAACUCGUAAAACCGCCUCGAAAACCGUCUAGUAGGUAUCCUUUUUCAGCACUGUAGGCAGAAGUUGCAGUAUUGCACAACGGGUGAAUAUUUUUAAAUUACAGUUGUAAGCGAAGUUAUAGUAACGGUUGUACCUCGUGGCUACUAGGCUACAAUUAUUAAUUUUAAUAGCAUAGUGUGGCGCGAAGUGUCAAAAGCAGUGUGCUUGGUAGUGUGCUCGCGAGUGUGCUCGGUAGUGUGCUUUUGAUUUGAAGACGGCAAAUCUGAGGACAAAUCUAUCUUUUUUAUGUUUAUUAUAUCACAAUCAGAAGAGGGUAAGAACAUUUUUUUUCUCCUUAGAACAUACAUUAACAUAAUCGUCUUUUAGUUAAAAACCGUCACAGAAAGAUUGUGAGCUAUUAAAUAUACCUUUCAACGAUUCAUGGCAAAGUAUUAAAUAUUUGCAUAGCUACCACAGUGAUGACAAUGAACAACUUGAAGAAGGUGAUACAAACAAUACCCAACAUACUUUUGGGAUCGCUAAUGAGGAUACAGCAUGCAACAACAAAACUAACUCUUUCGAUGAAGUAGUGAAAAAUGGAAUAAACGAAUUAUUAACUGAAGACUCGAUUUCUAUGGAAGAGAAUGAACAACCCGAUGAUGUUUCUAAUGAUCUCUUGAAAGGCUUUGAUGUAAGAGUUGGCGAUAAAGAACUCACUAUUCGAAAAUCAUCGUUAUGUUGGCUUCUGACUAAUCAAUCUUGCAAGAUGAGUGCUGAUCGGUUAAUGAGAUUUCGAAACUCUCAAAAUUCUCCAGUGGCAAACAGUGAUCAUCAAAAUAAAUAUGACCCUGUCAUAGUCAACGAAAACUAUUAUGCCGUAUAUUACUAUGACAACUGGUAUAUUGGACGUGUCUUAGAAGAACCAUCCCCCAAAAUGUAUGUAAUUAAGUUUCUUAAAGAAUCGUUAGAUUCAUACGAUUGGCCAAAAACAGACGACAUUCAGAAUGUCAGUGCAGAAUAUAUUUUUUUUGGACCUAUCACUAUGUACGGUACAAAACCUAUGACAAUAAGUAAGUUUGAUAAACAAAAAAUUGUGGUCAAGUACAAGGCUUUGAAGCGCAAAGAAUGUAAUGAUAAAUAAUAUUACAGUUGUAGGUAUGUAUACCUAUUCUAUAUUACUCGUUAGAUUUUAGUUAAUUAAGCAAUAUGUCAUACUAAUUCCGUUUUAUGUAUAUUAACCUCAAUAUUAACAUUAUUAACUAGAACAAUGUGCAUCUUAU